AUGUCUCCGAACUCGUCAAAAACUCGAACGGACCUGAUAAGUCCCAUGCCUGGUAUUAAUGAAACCACGAAGGUGGAAAGCAAGAAUGUUGUAAACGAUGCUGUUCCAGUAAAAUCUGAAGCUGAGAUCAACGGUACAUCAAUAGCAAGAGAAAGACAAGAGGCAUCGUACGUUGGUUGGAAACAAGUCGGUGGUUGGGAGGAAAAAGACGAGUUAACCCCCGAAGACCUUUUAGUCGACGUAAACAAGGAGACUUUUUUAGACAACCUCUUACCAGAUAAACUUUAUGGUGAUUGGUACCAUGAGGUCGUUGUCCUCGCUAUUGCUGGCUUAAGUUCUUUUGCGUUGGGUUACUUUAAAUUCUCUCUAGCGUCUGUUCUUAUCGUAAUGCUAGCUACAGGACUGUUAUAUAGAACCUCAUCAAAAAAAUAUAGGGAAUCAUUGAGGGAUUUAGCUCAAAAAGAACAAACUGUGGAGAAAAUCAGUAGUGAUUAUGAAUCUGUCGAAUGGUUAAACACCUUCUUAGAUAAAUACUGGCCCAUUCUCGAACCUUCUGUCUCCCAACAAGUUGUCGAUGGUACAAAUACUGCACUAUCUGAAAAUGUGGCAAUUCCUAAAUUUAUCAAAGCCAUAUGGCUGGAUCAGUUUACAUUAGGUGUGAAACCUCCAAGAAUUGGUGCCGUAAAGACAUUUCAAAACACAAAAUCUGAUGUCGUGGUUAUGGAUGUAUGUUUAUCAUUUACUCCACAUGACUUGUCUGAUCUUGACGCGAAGCAGUGCAGGAAUUACGUAAAUUCCAAUGUCGUAUUAAAGGCAAAGAUAUUCGGAAUGAAUAUACCUGUUUCAGUUACUGAUGUUUCUUUUCGAGUUUUUGCUAGAUUUCGUUUCCAAUUGAUGACAACUUUGCCCCUUGUUGAAACUAUAAACAUUCAGUUGUUGGAAGUUCCUGAAAUUGAUUUUAUUGGUCGUUUACUAGGUAACUCCGUCUUCAAUUGGGAAAUAUUGGCUAUUCCUGGUUUAAUGAGAUUAAUUCAAAAAAUGGCAUUUAAAUACUUGAGCCCCGUUUUGCUCCCACCUUUCUCUUUACAGCUUAAUAUACCACAACUUCUUUCCAAGACUGGCUUACCUAUAGGUGUUUUGGAAAUCAAAGUCAAAAACGCUCAUGGAUUGAGAGGAAUUAUGGGCAUGAUCAAGAAAACAGUUGAUCCAUACUUGACAUUUGAGCUCUCUGGUAAAGUAGUCGGUAAAACUAAGGUUUUUAGAAAUUCUACUAAUCCUGUUUGGAAUGAAUCCAUCUAUAUUCUCUUGCAAUCAUUUACUGACCCACUUACAAUUACCGUAUAUGACAAACGCGAAGCAUUUAGUGAUAAAAAAAUGGGUACGGUAAUUUUCAACUUGAAUAAGUUACAUGCAAAUCACUAUGAUAAGAACGAAAAGGUACAUUUUCUAAGAAAUUCUAAACCUGUCGGUGAAUUGACAUUUGAUUUGCGAUUUUUCCCCACUAUUGAACCAAAAAAAUCACUGAACGGUGAUGAGGAACCUUUACCAUAUAUGAAUACAGGUAUCACCAAAAUCGUUAUCGGCGAGCUCAAGGGAUUGGAUGAACUUAGUGACAAAAAAUUUGUAUUUGCAGAGUUGUAUGUCAAUGCAGAGUUGGUGAUGACUACCAAAAAAGAAAAAAGAACCGCCCACUUGAAAUGGAACUCAGAUUAUUAUUCUGUAAUAACAGACCGUAGAAAAACUAUCUGUAGAUUUGUCUUAAAAGAUCAAAGCGGUAAAGUAAUUUCAUCUUCGGUACAACCGUUAAAUCAUUUGAUAGAUAGGACAGAAGUUGAUAAGGAAUGGGUUCCUCUAAGAGAUGGGAAGGGAGAAUUAAAAGUUACAACUUAUUGGAGACCGGUGGACAUCGACCUUGGGUUGAAAAGUGUAGGGUAUACUACUCCUAUCGGUAUGUUGAGAGUAUUUAUCAACAAGGCUGAAAACUUGAGAAAUCCGGAUAACUUGGGAAAGAUAAGUCCUUACGCCGAAGUAUCCGUCAAUGGCAUAGGAAGAGGAAGGACAAAUGAAAGAAUAGAGACAUUGAACCCUAUCUGGAACCAAUCAAUUUAUGUGUCUGUCACAUCUCCCUUACAGAAAGUCUCCAUUGAUUGCUUCGGCACAGAUACAAAUGGGGAUGAUCAUACUCUCGGGAGUCUUAACAUCCAAACUCAAAAUAUAUAUCAUAAAGACAAUGAUGAUAAAUAUACCAUUUUUAUUGACAACACUCCAAGAACUGGCAACUUAAUUGGAAAGAAGGGUGUAAAAGGGACUGUUACGUAUUAUUUAUCAUUUUACCCAGUUGUUCCUGUAUUAAGUUUGGAAGAGGCGAAGGAAGUCGACGACAUUAAUGAGAAAAAAGAUAAGCUAGAAAAGCAGAAAAGUACUCUGGGUGACAAGAAUAUCUCGAAGGAAGAGAAAGAAAGAAUUAGAAAGGAAGAAGCCAGACUCACCGAGAAGUAUGACAUGUAUAGUUACAAAAUGAAGCUUGACCUUGAUGAAUUGCUACAGUACAAUGCUGGUGUGCUAGGUGUUACUGUAUUAGGCGGGGAACUAUCUCAACCUGGUCUCUACGUUCAAACAUUUUUUGAUUCCUGCGGUUACGCAGCGAUAACCAGCGCAAAGAACGCUAUUAGAACUAUUAGAACAGGCUGGUCUGGCGAUUUCAUGAUAAAAGAGCUUGAGUGGUCUGUGACUACAUUCAGAGUGACAAAGACCAAAGAUGCAAAUAAGGCGGAGAAUUUUAUUUGUGAAGUGAAAAUUCCAACAAUUGAACUGGUGAAGAACUGUUAUUACAAGCCUUCCGUGUUAAAUCUUAUAGGCAAAAAGAGUGCCAAAUUAUUAGUUCAGGUCUCAUGGUUCCCCAUAAAUGCCACGGAAUUGCCUCAAUCAGACUUGAUUACAAACUCCGGUGACUUGAAAAUCACCGCUAAGAGUGCUGAAAACUUAGUUGGUGUCAACAAGAAUGGCUAUUCCGAUCCCUACGUGGAAUUCUUUUUAAACGAAAAGAGCACGUCACCCAUUUUUAAAACUGCAGUUCAAAAAAAAACAUUAAAUCCUUCUUGGAACGAAACCAAGACCAUUGAAAUUUCAAACCGUGUCAACGACUACUUGACCAUUAACGUGAAGGACUACGAAGCCACAAAUUCCAAUAGAAGUAUUGGAAAAGCCAUUGUUCCAUUAUCUACCAUCGAUCCAGAGAGUGAUACUACAUUUAAUAUACCGUUAGUGGGACCAAAGGGAGAAGACAGUGGUGUGUUACAUCUUGAAUUUGAGUUUGAACCCCGCUAUACUACUAAUGUGGUCAAACGCGAAGCUAGACUUGGAAAUUUUGCAACGAAAGGAUUAGGCACAGGUAUCAAAGCUGGUUCCACAGUUUUCGCUUUGGGAACCAAUGUUGUAAGCACCGGAUUAGGAACGAUUGAUAAAGUGAAGGUUGGGGUUUUUGGUGGCAAGAAGCGUACAAAUACUGGGGACGGAAAAUCCGAAGAGAAGCAAUAA